AUGAAGUUUUCUAUUGCCAAGAAGAGCAAGUUAGUAGCCAGGAAAUGGCUGAACUUAAAGAGCAAAGCAGACGAGUUCUAUGCUGAUGACAUUUUUGAAGGACGUUUGUUGAGGAAAACUGAAUAUGGCACACCAGUAAGGGUGGAGCCAUAUGCAUCCCAAGGCACUGGCCUUCAAAAUAUAAGUUAUGAUAAUUUCAUAUUUGUUGGAACAUGGAAUUUAGGAGGUAUAACACCACACAAUGAACUCAACUUGGAUGAUUGGCUGAAUGCAUCAUGUCCAGCAGAUAUCUAUGUUCUGGGAUUUCAGGAAAUUGUGCCUUUGAAUGCUGGGAACAUCUUUGGUGUAGAAGACAGCGGCCCUGCUACAAAAUGGUUAGCCCUUAUUCGCCAAACAUUGAACAGUAGCAGUUUCUCAACUUUUAGCUUGGAUGGACCAAAAGAAACAUCGGAGUCAAAUUACUGUUUGGUAGCUAGCAAACAGAUGGUUGGCAUGUUUCUCUGUGUUUGGGUGAGAAGUGAUCUGAGACAGCAUGUCAGAGAUUUAAAAGUCUCUUGUGUUGGCCGAGGGCUAAUGGGUUACCUUGGCAAAAAGGGCUCCAUUUCCAUCAGUAUGUCAUUCCAAGGUACAAGCUUCUGCUUUGUUUGCAGUCAUUUGACCUCGGGAGAGAAGGGAUGUGAUAUGAUACGCAGGAAUUAUGAUGUCAUGGAGAUUUUAAAGAGGACCCACUUUCCACAAAUGGACAAGAUCUUAGGAAAGAAAACUUCGGAAAGCAUUUUGGAGCAUGACCGAGUAAUUUGGCUUGGGGAUUUGAACUAUCGCCUUGCACUUCUUUUUUGCAAUACUAAAAUACUUGUGGAAAGAAAUGAUUGGGAAGCUCUGUUGGAAAAAGACCAGCUUCUAAUUGAGAAGAAAACAGGGCAUAUAUUCGAAGGAUGGAAUGAAGGCAAUAUAUAUUUCCCUCCUACGUACAAGUAUUGCAGAAAUUCAGACCACUAUGCAGGAGAAAACAUUGUAUCAAGAACAAAGGGGCGCACACCAGCAUGGUGUGAUCGUAUUCUUUGGUAUGGAAAAGGCUUAAGACAGCUCUGUUAUGUAUGUGGAGAAUCAAAGUUCUCUGACCACCGUCCUGUUUAUUCAAUUUUUAUGGCUGAGAUAAAAUUGCCGUCAGAAAGCUCUUUUCGAGCUCUAUCC